AGAGAGGGAAAAAGAGAGAAAGAGAGAAACAGCGAACACGCGCGAAAAACAUACGUCGACUCCAAUCGAGAGUGUCACCGCUUGUGCGCGCGGGAGUGCGAUACGGACCAUCACGAGGAAAACUGACAACGUCGUUAAGUGUCCUCUUCGUUGUUCGCCGCGUGUUCACAUUGUGAGGACACGUGGUAAUCAUAUCAGUCCUCCUAUUUACGAAUAUUCUAUCGGGAGUGCACCUAUUCGCGAUUGGAUCCUAUAAUUACCUGAAGCCUCAAGUGAUCUCGUUGCAAAAUGCAAAUUUUCACGAUUGUGCAUUAAUGUAUUAAUACUUCAAUGUUGUAGUGACUAAUUCGGAAAACAAGAAAGUACCUCUUGCUGUGACAAAUGCUUUGUCUUCAUCAUUUUCCAGAUAGAUACAAGAAAGAAAAGAAAUUUAAAGAAUAGAUAAGUAAUUUCAUUCUACUGAGAAUUUUGCUCUUUAGAAGUUCAUUGAUCUUGAUUAUGACUGGUUGUUGGCGGGAAACAAAUACAAGGAAGUAAAGGAGUAUUACAAAAAAAUAACAAGAAGAAGAGAAAGAAGAACAAGAAGAAGAAAAAGAAGAAAAAAUUAAGAGAAGAAGCCUCGAAACUAAGAACCAGGACUCGCUGCAUGCUCGCCACUUACGUACCAGCAAGAGCGGGCCGCGUUGUGUAAGAGCUGAAAGUAAAAGUUGAAACCGUCGACUACAACUCACGGCAGCGCGUAUUGCGCGCGUUAAAAUUCGAUCUUGCCUCCUGUAGGCUGGGUACCACCGAAUAUCUCUUGCCUCUCUCUUUCUCUAUCUGUCUUUCUCCGAUGACUUUCCCAUUUUGUUCUACCUCCUGAAGAGAGAGAGAGAGAGAGAGAGAGAGAGAGAGAGAGAGAGAGAUAUCACGAAACAGUGAGAGUGUGUAUUCGUGCGUGCAUCCAGAUUCGCAUGAUCGCGGAUUCCCCUCCGGCGCCCUUGACGAGAAGUUUCGCCGAUGCGGAGGAUCUACUGUUCCGGAGAAGUCGAAGAGGGCGUGCUAAGGAAAGAAUAAGAAGAGAAAAGAGAAGAGGAACGGUGCUUCGUUCAUUGCGUAACAACGUUUUCUAGUCUGCUACUUCGCGAAAUAUACUCGCGCAUUUCGUUCGCACGCUUGCGUUUGCAGAGGUGUAUCAGCUCGUAUAAAAGUAAUCACGAGUUUUUCAUCAUUAGAUAGUUGGACCCAGGAUCGCGAAAACGGGAGUGAUUGAAUCUCGGUCGCGAGCGACUCGGCGCUGACAACGAAAAAGAAUGAUGGAAAGUGACCGGUCCCGCGCGCGUUUCACUCCGUCCAGCACGAAAUGCGAAUGUUCAAGGUCACAGUCGUUGGUAUCCCACCGGUAAUUCAUUUCCGGAGUUGCUAGAGAGUGGUCUUCAUCGUCAUCGUCGUCGUCAACAUUAUCAUUAUCAUCAUCAUUAUCAUCAAGUGGCAUCCCGGUAGUGCACCACCACCGUGGAAGGACUCGACGUGCGGUAUUCGCGUGCGAAUUUAACCUGUCUCUCUCUCUCUCUCUCCCUCAGUUCACGAUCGACAGCGCGCUCGCUUUUACCUCGCCGCCUCGUCCGGGCGCAAGAAGUUUCGCAAAAGGGAUUACAACACGCAGAAGAGAAAGGAGACAGACAGACGGAAAGGGAGACGCGGAAGGGAAAAGGACAGCGAAGAAAGAGAGAGAGACAGUUCGAGACGGAGAGGGAGAAAAGGAGGAGAAGCAGGAGAAGGAGGAGGAGGAGGAGAGGAGAGGAACAGACCGCGAUACGACAACCGUGUGCGCGAAAACCGCAGGAGGAGGACGCGGAUUUCUCGCCGCCGCGCGGAGGACAAGAGUCCUCGCGACCGUCGCGUGGUUCGACGACGAGGACAAGGAAGACAUCGACGAGCGAGCCGAGAGAAGGCUCGCUGUCGCGGAACGAGAAGAAAGAGGCGGAGGACAGACCGCGAUAGCGAAGGACGAGUCUGAAAGACGAUCCGGAUGUGGCGAGAUCUACUCGCUUUCCGUUCUCCCGCCGUUCUUUUGCCAAUCGUCACGGUGCGUCGCGCUGCACGACGACGACGUUGAAUUUACGAAGGAGACGUGAGAAAUUUGAUAAUCCGCGACGAAAGAGCGUACUCUGAACACGGGGAACCACUCUGCGGCGGCGUUCACUGGGGACACGCGGCCGAGCGGAAUUAAAAGUGCGUUUAAAAAGGUUAGCGGGAUAAAAAAGGCGCGCGCGAAAGGAUAAGAGAAAGGAAUAGGAGCCACCUCCGAGUCCUUGAGAGUACCCAACGGGUAAAAGUGCCGCGCAGAGCCAGCCGGUUGACCCUGGGCAGUCAACGGAGCAGACCCCGUUGGAGAGAAAAAAAAAAGUUCUCCGUCAUCAUCGUCAUCGUCGUCGUCGCCCUUUACCGUCAUCGUCGCGGACGUCGUCAAGGAUCGUUCCGUUCCGAGCUGACGAAUCUCUCUCUCCACGGCGAAUUUCCGCGAGUCGAGUUUAGAUGAUCUAAAUCGAGGAAGCGGAUUGUGUUACGUAGUGUGCGUGCACAAUACUUGCGUUGCGUGCGUGCGUGCGUGCGUGCGUGCGCUGCGAGCACAAAACCACGUGUGUGACAUCGCGCAAGCGAGCGCGAACAGAAAAGCAGCGAGACGAAACGCGAUGACAAGGAAGAUCGUGAAAAACGGUUGAUUGCGAACAACAAUCAACGACGACAUCCUCGAAGACAGUGCAUCUUCCUGUUUUCGAUCGAUCGCCGCCGAUUUUCGUUCCUUUCCGUUGAGACCAUUGUGCAGUUGCGCAAGGAACGCGUCUACGAAUGUAAAGUGAUUAUACAAAGUGCCGGGUAUUAUCUUGAGUUCGCCGCGAGCGUGCCCCUCAUGCCCGUUUCUUUCGUUCGGCGUUACCGCUAUACUGAUCUGUUUCUCUCGUGUCUAGUGAUUGUGAUCCAUACCGCGAAAUAUCAAUGUACGUCACGUGCUCGCACCGUCGUCCACGUCGCCGAUGUCACGGGAUCUCGGCUGGUCGUCGCCGGCUCACAAAGAGAAUGUUUUUCACGUGACUCGACGAGAUAAUCCCGUGGGAUACAUACUACGUCUGGUUGCUCACCCUGGAUACCGAUCGCAUAUUAGGCAGCGAAUGCAGUAGUAGAAAAAGCACAAGACGAUGUAUUCUGACGGUCUCCUGACGCUCCAUUAUGGAAAACAUCCAGCGACCUUGGCCGCAGAGGUCGGGGCCUGGUACAGCGGGGACCGUCACGUAGAUGUAACUCUGGCAUGCGAUGAUGGGUCUGUUGUGAAGGCCCAUAGAGUCGUUUUGGCAGCUGCCAGUCCCCUCUUGGCUAGUCUACUUCGGAAUCCUGCCCUGGACCAUGUGGUUCACUUAUCAGGCGUCCGAAAGACGCAAUUAAAUCAUUUGUUGGAAUUUUUAUAUAACGGAGAAGCGUUGAUACCGUCGACAGAGCUUACGCCAUUAAGGGAGCUUUUUGAGCUUCUCCAAAUUAAGUCCGAGCUAUUUGAGCCCAAUCAGCCUCAAACUAGUAACUCUGAUCCCGAAAGAAUAUCAACUCCACAGCCCUCAGAAGGCCAGGAGAGUUCCAGUUACGAAUCCCAAUACGAUGGCAGACAGUCCAAUAAUCCUGCGGACUGUUGCUCAGUCCUCAUUAAAACAGAAGGCUGCGAAGAGGAGCCGGAAGUGGAUGUGGAAGGUGUGGAAGGCGAAAGUCUUCUUUCGGAUAACAGAGAAAGCAGCAUAGAACCUCCUAGAAGAAGGGAUAGUUCUGAUCCUGUUAAUCUGAGUCUCAAUUCCGGCACUUCCGUCACAAGUGAUAGCUCACAUGAUAUAAUACACAGGUCUGAAAAACCGAUAUUCGAAAGGCGAGAAUCUCUUGAGGAAGCAGAAGAGCGGAAGAGGCAGUUGGCAGCGCGACUGGCGUUAGGUUUAGAAUCUGGGAAGAGAAAACUCGAAGAAUUACCGAUCCCACCUGCGGAAGCAUAUGUCGUGACGCCUCAUCGAAAGCGAAGACCAGGCUUCCACAAUGCUCCCGCACAAAAUCCGGCUUUCGUGCCUUUCAAUCCUGGAUUCGAAACACCCAGAAGAUUGCAGGCGCCACAUCCCCUGAGUGUUUCGGCACCACCGUACCUGCAAGAUAGAUCAGUGACGCCGCCAUCACAUCGACCGCCCAGUGCUGAUCCGACGUCAGCAGCGGCUCUAGAGCCACCUUGGACGGCUUGGACUCUGCCACCUGCCAGAGCGCCACCGCCGCCACCGUCAACGGACGACCCGCCGAAGUCUACCCCUGUUCGAGAAUAUCGAUGCAGUUACUGUGGCAAGCAAUUCGGCAUGUCGUGGAACCUGAAGACCCAUUUAAGAGUGCACACGGGCGAGAAGCCUUUCGCGUGUAGACUUUGUGUUGCCAUGUUCAAACAGAAAGCCCAUUUGCUAAAACACCUUUGUUCGGUGCACCGAGGUGUGAUAGCCGCUCCCGACAAUACGUUCUCGUGUUGCUUUUGCUCGUCGUCGAACUUCGUUAAUUUGCAGGACCUCAUUAGGCAUCUCUCGGGACCGCACAACAAUCUACUGCUCAGCAGAAAUCUACAUCGUGAAUUUACGAAUCAUGAAUAGCAACAAAGUCAAAGACCAUCCGGUGCUGAAGAGUGUUCCUUGAACGCAUAAUGAUGAGCAGCUUAUUUGAGAUGCUCUCAAGAUCUCAUUAGGAGGAUGCGAUCAAGUUACACAAUUUCUGUUCAGACUGUUUAAAAAAUUAGUUUAUGCAAAAUGAGAUAUUUAAAAUUA